AUGAACAGUGAAGAAGACCUACCUCCUCCUAGUUCAAAUAGUUCCAGUACUCCCAUUGCUUUUGCUGCUCAUGAUAUUGAUUCUGGAAAAGACGAAAUUUGGGGAGUUGUAGAUCAAACUAACGAAAAUUAUGGAGAGCAAACAUGCGACCCACUUCAGUUUUGGAACGAAAAGAAAUGUUUAUAUCCAGUGUUAUUUAAAAUUGCGCAUAAAUAUCUUUGUAUCCCAGCAACAUCAGUUCCUUCAGAGUGCUUAUUUUCAAAAACCGGGAUUUUGUGCAAUGAUAGAAGAAACCGUCUAGCACCUAAAAAAGUUGACCAAAUUCUAUUCCUCAAUAGCAUUCAAUAA